AUGUCUGCAGUUAACCCAAAGAUGGAAAAUGCUGCUGUUGGUGUGUUCAUAGGUGGUCAAGAUUUUGCACAGCAGGCUAAGAUAGAGGAUUUGCCAGCAGAUACUAUUGACAGUAGUUCAAACACAGUUCCGUCUGUUUCGAAGGAUGGAGCUAGUAAUACGUCCCCCUUACCUGUCAGAGCAAACAUUGGAUCUCAGAUUUCUGCCACUACAUCUAUUGCAGCUGUUUUGGUGAAACCAGAUAUUGCAGUUGGCGCUACGAUCACCACUGUCGAUGCAAAAGAUGGAUCGAGUAAUACUUCUCCACUCCCAAAGUUAGCAGAUAGUGGAUCACAAAUUUCCAUUCCAGACGUAAAGAGCACCUCAAAUGAGACGCAAUAUGAAAGUACAGUUAUUAGUAGUUCAUCGAACACAGAUACUGUGGUACACGUUGACAAGUCUUCUCUGGUGAAUAUUCCUGUGGAAAUAAAGACCGAACAGGUUAUCAAGGAAGUAGUCCCUCCAGUGCAGUUUUCCCCUCCAAUUUUCUCUCCACCAAUUACCAACACUGCAGCUCAAAUUUCGCCGGAGCAAAAGGAUUCAAGCAGCAACACCAUCUCAGCCAGCGUCAAAGACACACCAUCACAGAUCACGCCAGAUGUGGCUUCAACAAUGUCAACAGUGCAACCUACAACAUCAGAUAUGGCGGCCCAUGUGAUUGCUCAGAGCUCAGACUUCACUCAGCAAGCUAAAAUCCAAGCCGAAAUUGCAGAUGCCACAGCCAAUACCGAUGUCACGGAUGUGAAAGAUGGAGCUAGUAAUACUUCACCUCUUCCUGUGAGGGCGCAUACUUUUGUCAAUACUGACAUUGUAGAACAUCAAGACCAAUCUUCUAUGGUGAAUAUCCCUAUGGAGGUAAAGACGGAAAAGAUCAUUGUGCAAGAAGUUCCUCCCGUCCAGUUCUCAGCGCCAGUUUUCUCUCCUCCAAUUACAGAGCAGAAGGACUCGAGCACAAACACAAAGCUACCAGCAACUCAGAGAGAUUCAAGCAGCAACACCUUGGCUGUUAUUGUCAAAGACGCACCAGCACAGAUCAAGCCAAAUGUGACUUCAACAAUGUCAACAGUGCAGCCUGCUACAUCCGAGACGGCAGCCCAUGCUAUUGCACAAGGUACAGAAUUUACUCAACAAGCUAAAAUCCAAGCCGAAAUUGCAGAUGCCACUGCCAAUACUGAUGUAACGGAUGUGAAAGAUGGAGCUAGUAAUACUUCCCCCUUACCUGUCAGAGCAAACAUUGGAUCUCAGAUUUCUGCCACUACAUCUAUUGCAGCUGUUUUGGUGAAACCAGAUAUUGCAGUUGGCGCUACGAUCACCACUGUCAAUGCAAAAGAUGGAUCGAGUAAUACUUCUCCACUCCCAAAGUUAGCAGAUAGUGGAUCACAAAUUUCCAUUCCAGACGUGAAGACCACCUCAAAUGAGACGCAAUAUGAAAGUACAGUUAUUAGUAGUUCAUCGAACACAGAUACUGUGGUACACGUUGACAAGUCUUCUCUUGUGAAUAUUCCUGUGGAAAUAAAGACCGAACAGGUUAUCAAGGAAGUAGUCCCUCCAGUGCAGUUUUCCCCUCCAAUUUUCUCUCCACCAAUUACCGACACUGCAGCUCAAAUUUCGCCGGAGCAAAAGGAUUCAAGCAGCAUCACCAUCUCAGCCAGCGUCAAAGACACACCAUCACAGAUCACGCCAGAUGUGGCUUCAACAAUGUCGACAGUGCAGCCUACAACAUCAGAUAUGGCAGCCUAUGCGAUUGCCCAAGGUACAGACUUUACUCAGCAAGCUAAAAUCCAAGCCGAAAUUGCAGAUGCCACUGUCAAUACCGAUGUCACGGAUGUUAAAGAUGGAGCUAGUAAUACUUCACCACUUCCUGUAAGGGCCCAUAUUGCUUCUCAAAUCCAGGCUGACACCUCGAUCGCCUCAAUGAUGGCUAGACCAAUGGUUACUGAGGGCUCUGUGAACACUGACAUUGUAAAACGCCAAGACCAGGCUUCUCUUGUGAAUAUCCCUAUGGAGGUAAAGACAGAACAAGUUAUCAAGCAAGAAGUUCCAGCUGUACAGUUCUCAGCUCCAGUUUUCUCUCCUCCAGUUUCCGAGACUGGAGCUCAGAUUUCACCUGACCAAAUGGAGUCUAGUACCAACACCAAGCUGCCUGCAGUGCAUUUAGAUUCGAGUGUAAACACCCUUCCAGUCAGUGUCAAAGACACACCAGCACAAGUCAAGCCAGAUAUGACUUCAACAAUGUCAACAGUGCAACCCACUACAUCUGAUAUGGCAGCCCAUGCGAUUGCCCAGGGUGCACACUUCACUCAGCAAGUUAAGAUUGAAGACCCAUCUCCCGAAAUUGCAGAUGCCACUGCACAAGUCUCACCAGAUAUGACUUCUACAACGUCUACAGUGCGACCCACUACAUCGGAUAUGGCAACCCACGUGAUUGCUCAGGGUGAAGACUUUGCACAACAGGCUAAAAUCCAAGCCGAAAUUGCAGAUGCCACUGCCAAUACUGAUGUCACUGAUGUAAAAGAUGGAGCUAGUAAUACUUCACCACUUCCUGUGAGGGCUCAUACUUUUGUCAAUACUGACAUUGUAGAACAUCAAGACCAAUCUUCUAUGGUGAAUAUCCCUAUGGAGGUAAAGACAGAAAAGAUCAUCAUGCAAGAAGUUCCUCCAGUCCAGUUCUCAGCGCCAGUUUUCGCUCCUCUCAUUACUGAUUCUGAAGCUCAGAUUUCACCAGACCAGAUGGACUCAAGCACAAACACCAAGUUACCAGCAAUCCAGAGAGAUUCAAGCAGCAACACCUUGGGUGUUAGUGUCAAAGACGCACCAGCACAGAUCAAACCAAAUAUGACUUCAACAAUGUCGACAGUACAGCCUGCUACAUCCGAGACGGCAGCCCAUGCAAUUGCACAAGGUACAGAUUUUACUCAACAAGCUAAAAUCCAAGCUGAAAUUGCAGAUGCCACUGCCAAUACUGAUGUCACUGAUGUAAAAGAUGGAGCUAGUAAUACUUCACCACUUCCUGUGAGGGCUCAUACUUUUGUCAAUACUGACAUUGUAGAACAACAAGACCAAUCUUCUAUGGUGAAUAUCCCUACGGAGGUAAAGACGGAAAAGAUCAUCAUGCAAGAAGUUCCUCCAGUCCAGUUCUCAGCGCCAGUUUUCGCUCCUCCCAUUACUGAUUCUGAAGCCCAGAUUUCACCGGAGCAGAUGGACUCGAGCACGAACACCAAGCUACCAGCAACCCAGAGAGAUUCGAGCAGCAACACCUUGGUGGAUGUGAAAGAUGGAGCUAGUAAUACUUCGCCACUUCCUGUAAGGGCCCAUAUUGCUUCUCAAAUCAAUGCUGACACCUCGGUCGCUUCCAUGAUGGCCAAACCUUUGAUAACAGAGGGUGCCGUGAACACUGACAUUGUAAAACAACAAGACCAGGCUUCUCUUGUGAAUAUCCCUAUGGAGGUAAAGACGGAAAAGAUCAUCAUGCAAGAAGUUCCUCCAGUCCAGUUCUCAGCUCCAGUUUUCGCUGCUCCAAUUACUGAUUCUGAAGCUCAGAUUUCACCAGACCAGAUGGACUCGAGCACGAACACCAAGCUACCAGCGAUCCAGAGAGAUUCAAGCAGCAACACCUUGAUGGAUGUUAGAGAUGGAGCUAGUAAUACUUCACCGCUGCCUGUGAGGGCUCAUACUUUCGUCAACACUGACACAGUAGAACAUCAAGAUCAGGGUUCUACAGUAAAUAUCAAACCAAAUAUGGCUUCAACAAUGUCGUCAGUGAGCCCUGUAAUGAUGGAUACAGCAGCCCUCACGAUUGUCCGGGGUGCUGAUUUCACUCAGCAAGUUAAAAUCCAAGCCGAAUCUAAAGACGCCGCUGGAAACACACAUGUUACGGAUGUAAAAGAUGAUGCUAGUAAUACGUCCCCACUUCCAGUCAGGGUACAUGCUGCCUCUCAAAUCCAGACGGACACCUCUAUUGCGUCAAUGAUUGCCAGACCACUUGUGACUGAAGGUUCGACUACGACACUUCACGUUACAAAUUCCACCAGUGAAACACAAUACGAAAGUACCUCAAUCAGUAGUUCCAUGAACACUGUUAUUGUAAAACAACAAGACCGUGCAUCUCUGGUGAAUAUUCCUAUGGAGGUAAAGACAGAACAAGUUAUCAAGCAAGAAGUUCCAGCUGUCCAGUUCUCAGCUCCAGUUUUCUCUCCUCCAGUUUCCGAGACUGGAGCUCAGAUUUCACCUGACCAAAUGGAGUCUAGUACUAACACCAAGCUGCCUGCAGUGCAUUUAGAUUCGAGUGUAAACACCCUCCCAGUCAGUGUCAAAGACACACCAGCACAGGUCAAGCCAGAUAUGACUUCAACAAUGUCAACAGUGCAACCCACUACAUCUGAUAUGGCAGCCCAUGCGAUUACAGAGGGUGCAGACUUCACUCAGCAAGUUAAGAUCGAAGACCCAUCACCUGAAAUUGCAGAUGCCACUGCACAGAUCUCACCAGAUAUGACUUCUACAAUGUCAACAGUGCGACCCACUACAUCGGAUACAGCAACUCACGUGAUUGCUCAGGGUGCAGACUUUACUCAACAGGUUAAAAUCCAAGCAGAUGUGAAAGAUGGAGCUAGUAAUACUUCGCCACUUCCAGUAAGGGCCCAUAUUGCUUCUCAAAUCCAGGCUGACACCUCGAUCGCCUCAAUGAUGGCCAAACCAUUGAUAACAGAGGGUUCGGUGAACACUGACAUUGUAAAGCAUAAAGACCAGGCUUCUUUUGUGAAUAUCCCUAUGGAGGUAAAGACGGAAAAGAUCAUCAUGCAAGAAGUUCCUCCAGUCCAGUUCUCAGCUCCAGUUUUCUCUCUCCCUGUCACUGAUUCUGAAGCCCAGAUCUCCCCUGAAGUGAUGGAAUCUAGCACAAACACUAAGCUGAUAGCCCUUCAGAAAGACUCGAGCAUCAAUACAUCGAAAAUUACCAUGAAACAUACAACAUCCCAAGUCAAACCAAGUGUUAACACAUCAGGAGCCCUUGCAAUAGCUUUAGGUAAAGAUUUUACACAACAAGCUAAAAUCCAUGCUGACAUUUCAGAUGCCACUGCAAAUACUGAUAUCAUCAGUGUAACGGAUGGAACUAGUAAUACCUCACCUCUUCCAAAGAUGUCUACUAUUGGGUCUCAGUUCAUCAACAGAACCACGUCCUCAUCUGUUUCGGUCAGACAGAGUGUCACAGAGAGUUCCACAAUAACAACCAAUAUUCAAAGUAUGACAAGUGAGACGCAGUAUGAAAGUAAAGCUGUCCACAGCGGGAUAAAUACAGAUGUCACCGAACACAAAGACCAAUCUUCACUUGCCAAUAUGCCUGUUGCCGUAAAGACGGAGGAAAUCGUACGCCAGGAGGCACCUGUGGUACAAUUUGCUCCUGCAGUAUUUGCUCCUCAGAUUGUGGACACUGCAGCCCAGAUCAAACCAGAUCAGAGUGAAUCCAGCACCAAUACCCAGCCCAAAAAGUUGAAAGAUUCUACUUCACAAGUAAUAUUAGCCCAGACAAAAGAGUCUGUCGCACAAGUUGUACCUGAUCAAAGUACGUCAAGUAGCAACACCAAUUUCAUUGAGCAAGUCGAUUCUAAUGUACAAGUAAAGCCAGCAGUGAUGUCAACAAUGUCAACCGUACGCCCUAUCACGGCCACAAUUGCGUCUCAAGUUGGUGUUGCGACUUCGACUUCAUCAAUGAUGACUAAACCAAAUGUAAAGGACACAAAGUCUUCACCCAUUUUCUCAAGGAAACAGGAUCAAGAAACUCUUGUGAAUAUUCCUGUGUUCAAGACUGAGGAGAUAGUGAAGCAGGAAGCUCCCCUGGUUGAGUUUGCUCCCGUGUUCAAGCCAGAGUUUACAAACUCUGAGUCUCAGAUUGAACCAGAACAUACAGAGUCCAGCACAAAUACCAAACAGCUUGAAGUAAAAGAUUCUACAUCUCUCACUGAAAGGACGCUAGUAACACAGUCGACUACCCAGAUAAAUGUCCUACAGGCACAUUCCAGUAGUAAUACUACUAUUGUCAGUGUCAGAAACACUGCUGCUCAAAUAGAAGGACCUAAAACGAGAGACCUGUCAUCCCAAGUGAAGCCAGCUAGUGCCUCAGCAACUUCCAUGGCAUCGGUUUCAGGAAAAGACUUCACCGUCCAAAUGGAAGAAACUGUUCCUGAUAUCAUGGAUGUUGGUUCUAAUACUUCACAUGUCCAAGUAGUAGAUGGUGCCAGCAACACAUCUCCGCUACCGAAGAGAGCCAACAGUGCUGCGCAAGUUUCAGCAAUGACCUCCAACUGUGCCAUGGGAACUACUUCACCUAUACUCUCAAAGAAGCAUGAUCAAUCAUCACAGGCAAAUAUACCAGCUGUCGCGACUGAAGAAAUCAUUAAGAAGGAAGAACCCCCAGUUGAGUUUGCCCCCAUUGUUUUCAUGCCAGAGAUUGCUGAUAUCGGCGCUCAAGUUGAACCAAAUCAGAUGGAAUCUAGUACUAAUACUGCUAAACUGAAUUUGAAGGACACUUCGUCACAGAUGGAAGGGAGAGUAGUCAAGGAAUCAACCACUCAGGUUCACCAGUCCAUGUCACACACAAGCAGUAACACACUAACUGUCAAGGUUACAGAUACCAUGACUCAACUUGAGAGGCUAGAAACACGAAACGUACAAGCACAAAUUGCACCAACAACUGCAUCCACAAUAUCAUCUGUAAAACCAGAAACGGGUGAUGCUACAACGUUUGCAGAAGUCGACGGUAAAGACUUUACUAACCAGGCCGUUAUUGAAGAACCUUUGCCUGACAAUAUGGAUACAGGUAUAAAUACAGACAAUGUGCCUGUGAGGGAUGGAGUGAGCAAUACAUCACCCUUGCCCAAACGUGCAAACAUUGGAUCUCAGAUUGUCACCACUACGCAAGAUGAUACCACGUCGCCUAUUCUUGUGAGGAAGUCUGACCAAUCUACUCAUGCAAAUAUACCCGAUAUCAAACAUGAGGAAGUAGUCAAGCAAGAGGUUGUUCCGGUAGAAUUUGCACCUGUCUUUGAACCACAGCUUGCAGAUUCAGGAUCACAGAUUGAGCCUGAUCAAAUGGACUCAAGCUGUAACACAAAGGCUCCUACCAUCAGAGAUUCUACCUCUCAAUUUGACAAGCUUAACACCGACGACUCUGCAGCCCAAGUCUUUCCAGCCACCGAAACAUCAUCGUCAUCGGCAACUGUGAAUGGAGUCGAUUUCACCCAACAAGCUGAAAUGGAAAUGCCAGGUCCAGACAACAGAGAUACGGGAAUCAACACUGAUGCUAAGAAAACUGCAAGUUUCACAGUUCAGGUAAAACCCACGUCUACAGCAGUGUCUGCAACAGCAAAGCCUACCCUGGACAACAGCUUUAGUAACACCGAUCGUGUGGAGGUUGUAACACAACGGACACAGACAAUACAUGAACUGAAGACUAAAGAGUUGGGUAUUAAUGUCAAAUCAACUGUGGAUAAUACUGAUGCAGAAGUCCAAAAUGCCCCAGGUAACACAGAAAUCAGCACAGGUACACGUCAGUAUCAAUUCUCUAACUCUCUUACACAGUAUGACAUCACUUCCAUCAACAGUUCUUCACAGAUGACGAUUCACAAUACCAAUGUUUCGACGAUAGCACGGCCACCCAUGAAGGAAUCUAAGACGGACCCAAAAAGUAUCAAAAUGGCAAGUCAGCAAACUCAAUAUGAGCUUAGCUCUUCUGAGAUUUCAAUAAAUACUGAAGUUGUUCAGAAGAAAGAUCAGGCAAGCCAGGCUAACAUCCCUACUCCCAUCACAGAGGAGGUAGUCAAGGAAGAUGCUCCGCAGGUUGAACUUCCGCCAGUAGUAUUCCAAGUUGAGGUAUAUGAUGUUGAAACGCAGACAACCUCUCAACUCAGAGAAAGUGGUACAAAUACAACGGAGCUAAAGGUCAGUGAUACAACUCUACAGGUGGCACCUAUAACCACACAAACAAGUAGCAAUACGAUUUCUAAGGAAAUUGCAGUUACCGCCGUUAAUACCAUGAUGCCUCCAAAGACGAUUGAAACAGCAUCUCAGAUGGCGGUUCGUACUGCAUCAGCCGCAAUGAUGGCAAAACCAGUUAUAAGGCAUGUGAAUACCACUACAUCAACCCGGUACUUUAAGUCACAAGUUAUUCAGCAAGAGAGAUCAGUCAGCGAUGCUAUGGUCAAUACUGAAGUGGUUCAGAGAACAGAGAAAUCAUGUGAAGCAAAUAUACCUACACCUGCCGAAGUCCUCCCAGAGCUCCAAGAUGCCCAGGCUCAAAUAGCUCCUGUAAUAUCUGAAAAAUCUUCGAGCACACUUGUCAGGAAUGUGACAAAUAGCCAAUCACAAUGUGUAGUUCCACAAGCUUCUACAUUCACAAACACGGCUAAACGACCGAGCACUAAGGAGUCUAAAGUCCAAAUAAGACCAGAUACUGACUACUCAUCAGUUCAUGCCUUUCCCGAUGUUGGGGAAGCAUCGAUGUUGGCAGCUCCCAUCGGACAGGACUUUACACAGCAAACGAUUUUGGACGAGAUAAGAGCUACUGCAACAAAUACCAUGCCAGCUCCUGAGCGUACCGAAUCAACAGCUCAAGUGAAUCCCACAGUCACAUCAGUUUCUUCAUUUGCGAGACCAACUGUUAAGUCUGAGUCAACCAUUGCCAAGAGGACAGUGACGUAUUCACACCAAUCUCAAACAAAGGAAGUGAAGGAAGAACCGAAGACGGUUGUGAGGAUGUCUACCACAGGAGCGCAGACUAAUCCAGUAACUAUUAUUGAUUUUGUUCCUGUGACAGUGGAUUCUACUGUGCAAUUUGAGACCCAGUACUACUUUUCUGAGGCGCCAGUGCAAGCCACGGUGCCAAUACUUCAUCAAGGCAGUCAUACUGUGGUAGAAAGCCAUUCAGAAUCUUCGGCAACAAUGCCAUUGCCCACAGAACAAGUUUCAAGCCAGACUAAGGAAUUGCCAAUGCCUGAACCAGUGAUAAAGAUUGAGAAGAGCGAACCUGUCCUUCAGAUGUUUCAACCACCUGUACCAGAGACACGAAGUUCAGUAUCUCAAACAUAUGUGAAGAAAACUCAGGAUUCAUCACACGAUCCUAUUCUUAGGACAAUGAAGGACGAACCAUCCCAAGUGUCUCCCACUGUGUCCAAGAAUGUGACUACUCAACACCAGCCAAAGACUGAUACACACUUGCUACAGACGCAAAUUAAGCAACUGGAAAAGAUGACCACCGCUGCAUUUGCAAAGGAAACAAGAGUGCAGGAAUCGCAGUUUGUAACAGAAACCAGAGCUACUAGCUUCCAGACUUCAUUAGAUGUUUCAAAUGCUACCACAGUAAUAGAUAUCACAGAACAAGAUAAAGCACAGCAGGCCUCCCCAAGGCUUACAGAAGGACACACUGUAAUGCCUGAAGUUGAAAGUGCUAGUGCAUCAUCGCAACAUGAACCGUCAACGACUGAUUCUUUCAUGCAGGCACAAAUAAAGCAACUUGAGAAAAUGACAUUUGCAGAAUACAAGAAGGAACUGAAGGAACUUGGUCUACAAUGGUCAUCUGAAGCAACCAGCACAAGUUCACAGUUUGCUCCCACGAUGCGUGAUGACUGUACUGAUCCAUCUGAUGUAGCUUUGAAGAGCACUGAAUGCCAGGCUAGCAAUGAUAUGAAUGAAAGAUCUUCAAUGACUGAAAUGACACUAGAGGAUAUAGAAAGCUUGCUUGAAGCUGUGAAGAAGAACAUCACCAAUACAAUCCGAGAAGAAAUGGUUGUUCCAACACUUGCCAAACCAGAUGAAAUGGCUCUUGACUUUGAUGUGGAUACUGAAGAUACGGGAAUCCAGACACUGCUUGAAACGAUAUCUCGCAGUGCAUCCCCCAUUCUGCAAGAAAUGAAAAACAUGGCAAUGCAGUACGAAAGAACAUUUGAAAUGAGGGACAAAGAGUUAACAGUCAUUCCCGAUACACUUGAACAGGCGAUAAAUACAGCUCGGGUGAAAUUGGAAUCAGUGUUGACUCAGCAUGAAAUAGCUUCCAAGCAUGCUGCAUUCCAGGCUCAAUCGGAUGUUUCCCAAGCAUCCACGUGGACUCCACAGAAACAGUUCAAGGACCAAACUACACAAGAGACUAUGAAGUAUGUGAUUGGGCAAGCACAGGUAGCACCUGCAUCAGUUGAAAGAGGAAUAAUGCCCGAGAAACAGCAAUUCGGGAAAGCGUCCACUCAAGCCUUCAUGGAAGUGUCACCAAAAUGGACUCAAUAUGAUGUCGAUAGGCCUACAUCAGCUGUUCAGGCAGGAGUAGAAACGACUGAUGGAUGGUUCCAAACGAAAGAACCUAAGCAGCCUAUCUUUGAGCCCAUUCAGCAAGUACAGCAAAAAGAGGAACACUUCGAGUUUUAUUUGCCUCCUGAAUGUGUCAACGCUGAGAUCCAAACAGACCCUGUUAUCAUCAAGUCUUUUGAGGAUAAAGACGACAUGGAGACUGAAACUGAUGCAGAUAGCGGCAUUGAAAUGGACAUGCAAACCGAUUCAGUUGUUGUAAUGACGGAGGAAGAAUAUGAAGAGCUGAUCUCAAGACCUAGCUCUGAUGAUAAUGUCUCACAGACGCCAAACGUUCCGACUCAACCAUUCACUCACCAAUUUGCGACACCCAGUCAUACUGAGCCUACACAAACACAGGUUUCGAAAUUGACUUCAGGAAGCACAAUGACAAAAGAUACGGAAUUCACACUCCAAUCUACACAAACUGUUUCAACUGUAUCUUCCAACAUCAAGACUCAAUAUGAAUCAUCCAUUGAUGUGAAGAAAACGCAGACAAGUGUCCAACGCGCAGAAGGUUAUACAGAUAUGAUCCCAACUACCUUUGCAACGCAGCUACAACAGACAGAUGAGACAAAGACAGCUAGCAAGACAAUGCUUACUCAAGCUGUAAAGCAUUUAGAUCGUGACCUGCAGACUGUAUCUGAAAAGGUAGAACAUAGAGCUAGCUCUCCUUCCAACACACCUGGGAUAAGUGAGGUGACACAGACGGGCAUGGUGCACACAUCAGAAAGUGGAACCCUUGCAUCAAAGACGGAGUUGUCAUAUUCUGCAUCACAGACUGACGUUUUAACAAUGAGAAGCCGUGAUAUUCAAUACAUGUGGCUGGCGCUGAUGUCGUGUCACAGACACACCUUUCCGAAAUGA